AAAAAAUAAAAUUAAUAUCACUCAAAAACAAUUUUUACAAUGUUUUAAAUAACAGCGUUAUAAUAAAAGGGCAAAAUUAACCACCGGACAACUGAUCCAACUCGCCAUCGCCUAAUGUUGACAGUGAUGAGUAUGAGUGCCCCCCUUUCACCCAAUGGCAGCACAACCAGUAGUGUUAUGUCGUCCGAAGACUCCUCAUCCACAGUCUCGGGCGGGUAUAACCCGAUGACCGCCGCCGGUGUUCGUCCGACACAACACUAUUCACUGCCACCGCAGCCGCCGUCCACUUCGGCCACCAAUCAGUUUGUUGUGUCCAAUAUUAACAAUCAUAAGCAACUGAUCAAAGUGUGCAGAGUUUGCGGCGAUCGGGCAAAGAGUUAUCAUUUUGGCGGCAUUUCGUGCGACAGUUGUAAAGCAUUUUUCAGGAGAAGUGUACAAAACGACGCGUUUCUUAACUUUCACUGCCCUUACGAUAGGAAUUGUGAGAUCACUAUUAACUCUAGAAAGUCAUGUCAAUUUUGCAGAUUCAAGAAAUGUACGGCAAUAGGAAUGGAGAAGACUUGGGUUAUGAGCGAAGAGGAAAGGAUGCAAAUGCUUAAGAAUCGUAUUGAAAAACGCAAACACGAAGACACAGGUCUCGGUCCCAAUACACCACAACCCAAACACCACGAGUUUAGAUAUAACAACGAUAGGCCAAACAGAUAUCAGCCAAAUAUCAGUCAAAUUAACACAUAUUUAACUAUAGAUGAGGUAAAACUAAUCGAGAAUAUAAUGAAUCAAAUCCGGAAAUGUUCGCAAGAAAUCUCAUUCGACAUCACAAACAACGGCGUCGGCGAUGACGGCGCUGGUAAUGACGGUUCGGCCGCCGACAACAUGAGAGCGCCUAUAGAUGUGUUGCAAAUAUUCUUCAAAGCUAUACAACAGUUUGCACUAUUCGUACAGACAUUCCCGGCAUUCGGUGCGAUACCGACGGCCGACAAACAAGUGUUACUAAGGGGUGGAGUACUGGAGCUGUGUUUCCUUCGCGGGGCCUUCAGCUAUGAUAUGCGGGGCAAACACUGGCGAUACGACACCGGAGUUAUCUAUUCGGACAGUUUGCAGACAUUGCUGACCAAAGAUCUGCUGGAAAAGCACAUGCAGUUCAUCAAAACGGUGAAGAGGUUACGGAUCGACGAACCGACGUAUAUAUUGUUAUCGUUGGUCAUACUUCUGACCGCCGAUCGCGAGGGUCUCACCGCUGGCCAACUCGUGCAGAGCGAACAGGAGAAGUACCUGUUGUUGUUGAAGUCGUAUAUGGCCUGGAGGUACGGCCCGCGCGUCUCAGCCCUACUCUAUCCGAAAUUGUUGCUAAAGUUGGCGGACUUGCGUGAGUUGGCCGAAGCGCACACCGAUUACGAGCUACUUCUUGGUCGCCAUGAGUUGCGACAAAUCCAACACAAACUGUCGGACAUAAAUUUGGCCACAAUUCCCGACGAUUACGCCAACCUUUUGGCCGCUCAGAGCCCGGACAGCGUCAACGCCGCCGCAAACGCCGCUCAUUUACUAAACACAUUCGGCGGACAACAGUCUUCGUCGGCGGUUAACGUGUGGACAAUCGGCAACUCUAUAACCGACGAUAGUUUUGGCACUAAUCGUGGUUUAUAUGACGACGAGUUGUCGACGUCUAGCGAAGGCUCGGAGAGGCUGUUAUCGGAUUAA